UGAUGACAAUGGUGGUGGUAUAAAGCCGGCGAGGCGUGGGCAGCCGGCCAGAACUGCCAGCAUGACUCGCAUCGCUUGCGUCUUCAUUGUGGCCGUUGCUGGCCUAUCUGCAGCGUCUGCCUGCAAGCCGCCCUUCCAGCUGGUGGGCGGCGGCUGCUUCUACUUCAGUGGCAAUCUCAAAAAGAACUGGUUCGGCGCACAAGAGUACUGCAAGUCCCUGAUACAAGGGGGGUCUCUGGCAAUAGUGGACGACUGCAACCUGAUGCGCCCGCUGUGGAACCACAUCGUGCUAACAUAUGGCAAAAGCGAGCACUGGCUUGGCGCUUUGGACCGGCACCAUGAGGGUUCGUGGAUUUGGGUGGACGGGUCUACCGUCACCAUGGGCAUGCCCUUCUGGGCAUUCGACCAGCCCGACAAUUUUCGUGGCCAAGAGAAUUGUUUGGAGUUCAGUCACACGAAGAGUGGUUACUUCAACGAUCAACAAUGUUCCCAUGAAAUAUCCUUCGUCUGCCAAGCCCCAAUGUCGAGAAUCUCGUGGCCACGCCAAAACACAAUCCACAUUCUUGAGAGCCUGAAGCGGAAUUCUCUACACUAACACUCAACUUAGUCAGGAAUGAAUGAAAAACUUAACCUUGAAGUUGUUGUUAUAGCACCUUAUUAACCCUAGAUUGGUAUUUGUAGGUCCACCUUGACCGGUGCGCUUUCUGCGCUUUGAAUUUCGCGGUAUAUUUCUCUCGGCUGUCCAUGUACAAUGUUUCUGGUCCUUCUUGUCGCACGCCAGAGUUCUUCUGACUAUGAGUCAGGACGCACGUACUCGAUCUGCGCUCCCACUGCUAUACAGGGUAUAAUAUGAUCCCAGGUGGACCUACUAGUAGUGAUACCAUCCAUGUUAUAUAUUUUCAUAUGCUCCAGGUACCACAUUUUUUGUUCUGUACUGGGUUCUGUGGUCCUAUGUAGUGAAGAUCAAGUCUCCAACCUUAUCAUUUUCUAGGCUUUAUUCAAUACAUGCCUCUAUUGUAUUUUUUUAAAAUAUUUUCGAAAGGCAACCGUAAUGUGGAAGUAGUUUUAUUUCUUUAUUUACUACACUUGUACUUAUUAGCUAAUAUAGUUAUAAUUACUCUGAUGUCAGUCAAAAUUACCUAUUUUGUCAUAUCUGUAUAUGCAAAGCUCAUUAAAAUUACUGAUUGUA